UACACUCACCAUCCAUUAUUUUGUCCAUCGCUGUGAUAGUAAAAAUGGAAAAAUCAAAAUUUUAGUUUAUUAGGUAUCUGAAUCCUAAAUUUAAAAUAAAAUUUUAUUUCAAAAUGCAUAUAUUUAUAUAGAAUAUUUCCACGCUUUCCCUUUGCUUUGAAGAUAUUAUUACCAAACAACAAACCUACUUUAACAUACACAUUGUAAAAAGGCUAUAGAUUUCAAACAACAAAACAUUAUUCUGAAAAUAUUUUCCUAGCUUUUUAUCCCUGCUGUAACUCUCUUUAUAAUUGGACAAACAAGUGAGCACUACAGAAAAAUGUCAGCAGUUAUCCCAAAAGUUACAAAAUUAUCCGGAAGGAUUAUCAGGAUCCUGGGUUGUAACCCUGGUCCCAUGACUAUGCAAGGCACUAAUACAUAUCUUAUAGGAACUGGUAAAAACCGAUUACUCUUAGACGCUGGCGAUAAGAACGUUGAGGAGUACCAAAAAACCUUGAGGCAGCUGAUACGGUUUCAAAAAGCAAAUAUAGAGCAUAUAUUGGUGACACACUGGCACCCAGACCACAUCGGAGGAGUGGAAAAUAUUUAUGGAAAUAUUGCAAUAAACCCAAAAGUAUGGAAGCACAAAAGAAGCAAAUACGACAGUCCAGACAGCGAGUUACCGAAACAUAUCCCUAUCCACUGGCUUUCAGAUGGUCAAGAGAUCAAUGUGGAAGGAGCUACUUUGAAAAUAUAUCACACUCCCGGGCACACUACAGAUCAUGUGGUAGUGACUUUACUGGAAGAAAACGUAUUGUUUAGUGGGGACUGUAUUUUAGGAAACGGUACAGCGAUUUUUGAAGACUUACACUCAUAUAUAAAGAGCUUGCAAAAAAUAUUGAAUUUGAAGUCUAAUGCCAUUUAUCCAGGACAUGGACCUGUUCUUCAAAUGUCACUCGAUAUGCUAAAAAAACCAGUUAAGAAACAGAUCUUAACAGAAGUUCCAGGUCCUCGGGUUACUAGGGGUGAGGAAAUACCAAUAAAUAAAAUCUGUUGAGAUUAUUUCUGAACACAGUUAGAAUCUGUUAUUUUAGAUAAAUGUGUGUGAGGAUAUUUAAACAUAAUGUGAACCGCAACCUAGUAAUAAUGAUUAUUAAAAAAUGUUGGACAUUGAAACAA